AUGGCAGACGCACAUUUCGAUCAUCCUCCGCCAGCUGGUCUGACGUUUGGACAGAAGAUGAGAGCCAUGUUUUGCUGUGGAGAGUACGACGAGGACUACGAGAGUCCGAGGAGGUCAAUUCAAAUUGGCGUGCCAACAGAUUUUAGACGAGAGGAUGUGAAUAUUGCUGGGCUGACUGAAGACGAAGCUACCGAAAUCCGCGAAAAGUCAGCUCGAGAUGCACAACGCAUGUUCCAAAACCUACGGCCACUGGCAUCUUCACCUUCGGGUACAUUCGCCGAACGUCCUGUCCAACACAGCUUUCCUUCGUACGAACAGUUCACUCAGCCUCGACCAGCUCCAACACCGGGUUCUUCGCCGAUCCACCCAUCCUCACCAGGCUUCGGCACGAACCCACGUCAGCCUCCCAGCCCAGGCGGGCUUCGGAGUGCCAACAGAGUGUCUGGCUUUUACGGGAGCGACAAUCUCUACGCCAAUCAAUACGAGACAAACUCACCACCUCCACCCUUGCCUUCUAAGAACGGCAACCACGGCCCCACCACUUUCGACCGCGUCAAAGCACAUUCACGAAAAAUCUCCGACAGUUUUCGAAGCAGCAAGAAUAGUAAUAACAACAACGGAAAUGGGCCCUCGCCUUUCGACGAUGAAUCACACGUAGAGAUGCGACAUCUCAUGUCUCCAAACAACAACAGCAAAACCCACAUCUCAACAACCAUACGCGGCGGAGCAGAAGGCAAAGUCUCAGAUGACAGCUUCAGUCAACUGAGCGAAGGCGACGACCACGGGUCCUAUCAACGAUACGAUUCCGGGCUGGGAAACAAAGGCGGUGGUGACUACAGAAUAUAG